UGUCCGUCUCUUUCCCACAAGUCUGCGGUGUGCUCCCCGUGCCUGUAGAGUAAAACGCUUCUGCUCAUCUUCCUCAAAACUUUUGGCAUCCACUAUGAGGGAAAUUGUGCAUAUUCAAGCCGGCCAGUGCGGUAACCAGAUCGGCGCUAAGUUCUGGGAAGUGAUCAGCGAUGAGCACGGCAUUGAUCCCACAGGAACUUACCACGGAGACAGUGACCUGCAGCUGGACAGGAUCAGUGUCUACUACAAUGAGGCCACAGGAGGUAAAUAUGUACCUCGUGCCAUUCUUGUGGACCUGGAGCCUGGCACCAUGGACUCUGUGAGGUCUGGACCUUUUGGGCAGAUCUUCAGACCUGACAACUUUGUUUUCGGUCAAAGUGGUGCUGGUAACAACUGGGCCAAGGGUCACUACACAGAGGGAGCUGAGUUGGUGGACUCAGUCCUAGAUGUGGUCCGCAAAGAGUCAGAGAGCUGUGACUGCCUGCAGGGCUUCCAGCUCACUCAUUCUCUUGGUGGUGGUACUGGAUCUGGUAUGGGCACUCUGCUCAUCAGCAAGAUCCGUGAGGAGUACCCUGACCGUAUCAUGAACACCUUCAGUGUGGUGCCUUCCCCUAAGGUGUCCGACACAGUGGUGGAGCCUUACAAUGCCACCCUGUCAGUCCACCAGCUUGUAGAGAACACAGACGAAACCUACUGCAUUGACAACGAAGCCUUGUACGACAUCUGCUUCCGCACCCUGAAACUGACCACACCCACCUACGGAGACCUUAACCACCUGGUGUCUGCAACCAUGAGCGGGGUCACCACCUGCCUGCGCUUCCCUGGUCAGCUCAAUGCAGAUCUCCGCAAACUGGCCGUCAACAUGGUGCCUUUCCCCCGUCUGCACUUUUUCAUGCCUGGCUUCGCUCCCCUAACCAGCAGAGGCAGCCAGCAGUACCGCGCCCUUACAGUCCCCGAGCUCACCCAGCAGGUGUUCGACGCCAAGAACAUGAUGGCUGCCUGCGACCCACGUCACGGCCGCUAUCUGACAGUCGCUGCUGUUUUCCGUGGCCGCAUGUCCAUGAAGGAGGUUGACGAGCAGAUGCUGAAUGUGCAGAACAAAAAUAGCAGCUACUUUGUUGAAUGGAUCCCGAACAAUGUGAAGACCGCCGUCUGUGACAUCCCACCACGUGGCCUGAAGAUGGCUGUCACGUUCAUUGGCAACAGCACAGCCAUCCAGGAGCUGUUCAAACGUAUCUCUGAGCAGUUCACUGCCAUGUUCCGCCGUAAGGCCUUCUUGCAUUGGUACACAGGUGAAGGUAUGGAUGAGAUGGAGUUCACUGAGGCAGAGAGCAACAUGAAUGACCUGGUGUCUGAGUACCAGCAGUACCAGGAUGCCACCGCUGAAGAGGAGGGGGAAUUUGAGGAGGAGGCUGAAGAAGACGCUUAAAGAAAAAGCCAUGAAGGUCAACUCAUCAACACCAAACCAAGAAAUAGUCAUGAAGGAACAACCACAAAAGUAACAAAAAAACAAACCUAGUGUCUGGAGCAUUGCUAGAAUCCAACUUUAGAAUACAUUAGAUAUCCCUUGUAAUUCACUGCGAAUAAAGUUGUCAAAUGAAAAAAAAAAA